ACCUCUACUAAAUAUAGGCCAUGAUUACUGGCAGCUAUAUUAUAUGCUAUUUUAAAUUAAAAUGAUGACAAAUUAUUUUAUUCGUUUUUCGUUUGUUACGAUGUUGUCAAAAUCGGAAUGUCUGAAGACUGUCAUACAGUAAAUUGAAAUCAAUGGAGACGGUUUUACAGUGGAGUAAAAUAAAAUAUAAUGGCUCCAAUACGUUACAGUCUUCAUUAUGAAGAUUAUUCGGAACACUUAAUGUCCAGAUUUGGUAAAUUGCUACAAAUGCAAUCUUUAGUGGACAUGACACUAAUGUGUAGCUCACACACUUUGCGUGUUCACAAAGCGGUCCUUGCAGCCAGUAGUGCUUAUUUUCAGGAAGUUCUGCAGAAACAGAAUGGCGAGCCGUUGAUCAUAUUGAAAAUGAGAUUUAGCGUUCUCAAAUCGCUGGUAGAAUUUAUGUAUUGUGGCAAAACUCAAUGCUUGGAAGAAAACUUAGAUGAACUAGUGUCGGCAGCACAAUUUCUAAAAAUCAAAGGUCUCUCGAAGGUCACGAAAGAAGGACUGGGCAUUAACAAUCACAGCGAGCUCCCGGUGUUUACGCCUCCGGUUGUCAUCAAUCGCCCGCCGCAGUCUCUCAUAGAUAUGCAUACACAGGAUAGCAGUGACCCCAAGCACCUUUCUACACCUAACACCGGUCAGCCAGUGGACAGCAUGGGACGUCCAAAUAAGGAUAUGGUGGUUCGUAUACCGUUCGACAUCGAAAACGGCAGCAACGCGCCUGGUGGCAUGGACUAUGGAGACACCCCGCGCUCCAUCAAGCCGCGCCGAGGUCGGCCUAGUGUGAGACGCACCGGGGGCUGGGAGAGCUCCGGGCCGCUGGGCCGCGCCGCGGAGCGCGCGCUGCUGCGCCGCGAGCAGGACUCUCGCAAGGCCAUCCACCAGCUCAAGCACUUGCAGACCAGGCACAUGCAGGACUACAUGGACAGGGUGACGCUAUCCCAAGCGGUUAACAGUAUCUGUGGCCCCGAAUCCACCAGCGCUCACAACUACAUGGGCGUCGACAACGACCUCAUGUACAUGGACCAAACUGUCUCCUCCAACGUACUAGAUCCCGCCAUCUCCUACCCUGAAGACCACCCCAUGCGGUCCGAGGGCAUGUCCUCCUACGCCAACACUGCGACCACGAGCUCUGCCAACGAUUCCAGCAGCAACAUCAGCAAUGCCAUGUCCCAAUACGUUGAUGCCCUAAAAAGUGCUGGACUUCCCACCGAUCUACCCAUACUCUUCGAGUCAGGAGACGGAUCCUACAUCAACGUUAACGAACAAGUUCUUCUCGACAUGGUCCAGAGCAGCGAGAUUCAAUAUGAAGUUAUCGAGCAGCCUAACAUCAUUGAAAAGGUUGCUGAUCCUAGCGAAAUUAAAAGCAUUGAUGAUUUAUCAAAAUCUAUAGAGAGAGGAGAAUUGAUGUCCGGAAAUAAGAGUUAUUCGGGAACAGAGUUUGAUAAAGAUGGUGUACAAUUCAGCAACCACGAAGAUUCUAUAAACAGUCUGAACGCGAUUCUGCCAGAUAAUUUAGACUCAUUUAGCGAUCAACAAAAUUAUGUCGUUCUAGAUCAACGAAUGCAAAACAAUAAUUCUAUUGACCAUGAUCCGACACACGAUUUUUCGGGGAUCGAGGGAGACAUGCAAUUUUUCACUAAAUCAAUGAGUGAUGAUGUCAAGAAAUAUUAUCAAGAACAACACCUCAACGAUACGAGAGCAAUGGAACAGCUGUGUCCGACCAGCACUGCUCUGGACACUAGUUUUAGCAUGUCCCUACUUGAUACUAAAACCUCUCACUUGGACGAAAAUAUGAGUCAACAAUUUAAUUUGCAAGAGGACUUAAGAAGAAAUGAAGACUGUUACGACUUCAGCCUUCAGCUUCCUCAAGCCAGCGACUUUAAAGAUGACGGCUUGGAUUGCCUAAUGUCCACUCCGAAACAGACUCUCGAUAAUAGUGCUUUCGACAUCAACGGUCAAUUAGAAAAACCAUGUCCAGGGAGAGACGAAAUUAUGAAUGAUCUAAUGAAUAUUGAAAAGAAUAUGGGCGUCGAUGCGUUAAAUGAUGUUAGCAAUGCUUUUUCGAAAGAAACAGAGGGGAAAGAGGAGACUGGAGAAAACACUCGACCUCCAGACGAUAUUACAGCCAGUAUUACCUCAAGUGGUUUACAAUGGGAUGAUAAUAUUGACAUGAAUGCUCAAGAAACUGAAAAUCAUGUUGACAACAGCGAAUCAAAAACCAAUGAUAAUCAUGAACUAACAGAGUCGGGAUAUAAUGAUUCUGUUAUUGAUCUCACGGCGCCAUCAACAUCUGAAUGGGAAGAUAAGAAUGAAAUCGACAUGUCUAAUAAAGAAAAUGAACCCAACAAUGAACCUGCUGUAGACUCUACAUUAGAUGACGAUAUUCCAUUCGCUGUGGGUCUUCUGCCCUUGAAACAUGUUCAGCCCAUAGAAGACAGCACGUUAAAGAGGAAAUCUUUAGAUGGAGAUUCUUCACUUAAUGUGGAUGCCAACUGUUUAAAACGUAAAGUAAAAUAUAAGAAAUUACAAUAGUUAUUAGAUAUAGUUUUUAUAUUAAUACAUAACUGAA